GCAGAAAAACCCCCCAAAAAUUGUGUUUUUAAACAAAUAGCAAAUCUUUUUGGAAUUUAUGUACAGUGUUUUAUGACCUUCAUUGCUGGACUCUUUUGAAAUAGGAAACAAAAACACAAUAGGACAGAGUAGCAAGAGACAGAUAAUUAGUAUUGCAACAUGGUGGCCCCAGAAUUUAAGUGACUUGUGCUGGUGAAGAAAGAUCCAUCAGUGUAGCUGGGAGCUGGGCUGCGGGUGAUAAUUUUUCUUGAGGCUUUACAGUUUUUCUCUACCAAGCAUUUCUCUACCAACAUUUUUUGUUACUAAAAAAUGUUCCGGGUAAACAAAUGAGCAGGACUGGGCUCCUGCACCUCCAGGAAGGGUCUGUUGCAGCCCCAGGGUGUGAUUGCCGGGAAUAACCGUGCUUAUGGUCCUGAAGUGGGAAACCUUGAAACUGGGGCAGUUUCUUGUUGUUUAAAAUGUGGUCACAGCGGAGUGUUUACCUCAGGAGGGUUUUCUGAGAAUUAAAGUGCAUCUCUGUCUCCUGAGAGUUAAUUAAAGGGGUCUGCCGGCAGAUCCUAAACAUCUGUGAUUUUAUGCUCAUGGUUUUGAAGAUCUCUCUGCCUCAUACCGCUUAGGCUGUGAUGCGCCAAAGUGGGGACAGAUCUCUGGAGCACGGGAGGUGGAAGCACAGGUGCCAGGUGUGUGGGCACCUGGGGCUGUGAGGGCCUGGAGGUGGGUGGGAAAUUGGAGGCCACCGUGGUUGCCUAGGAGCCUGGCAGGAUGAGGAGUGUUGUAAGGGCGACAAUGGGGCUGGGCAGCUGGGAGGUGACGAGUGAAGAGCUGGGCUGAGAGCUGCCAUUGGUGAGAACCUUCUACUGGCGAGUGGGGACUGGGUCACCUGUGUUGUGUUCCUUCUCCCGUUUAUUCCUGAUGUCAGCCCUGUGAGGUGUGGGUAGCAGUAUGUUCAUUUCUGUUUAAUCCACGAGGAAACAGGCCUAAAGUCACAGCCACUGUGGAGCAGAGGCGAGAUGCAAACCACAUGUUUUGGAGAGGCAGAUUGGGAGUGGUGCCGAGAAAAAUUUCCUUACUAGAUGACAUUUCAUCGCAAUGUCCGAUCGUUUGGGGCAAAUAACCAAGGGCAAGGAUGGGAAAAGCAAGUAUUGGACUCUCAGCCUGUUUGAUAAGCACAAAGGAAAAUCAGUAGACGCGAUCCGGUCCUCAGUUAUUCCUAGACAUGGCUUACAGAGUCUCGGGAAAGUUGCCACAGCCCGGCGUAUGCCACCACCUGCAAACUUGCCAAGCUUGAAGUCUGAAAACAAAGGAAACGACCCCAACAUCGUGAUAGUACCCAAGGACGGAACGGGAUGGGCAAACAAGCAGGAUCAGCAAGACCCAAAGAGUUCCAGUGCGACGGCCUCUCAGCCGCCGGAGUCGCUGCCGCAGCCGGGUUUGCAGAAAUCUGUCUCCAAUUUACAGAAACCGACACAGUCAAUCAGUCAGGAGAAUACAAAUUCAGCGCCAGGUGGACCAAAGUCAUGGGCACAGCUGAAUGGAAAGCCAGUAGGACACGAAGGUGGUUUAAGGGGCUCAAGCCGACUAUUAUCCUUCUCUCCCGAGGAAUUUCCGACGCUGAAAGCAGCUGGAGGGCAGGACAAGGCUGGCAAAGAAAAGGGCGUCUUAGAUCUGUCGUAUGGGCCAGGACCAAGCCUCCGCCCACAGAAUGUGACAAGCUGGAGGGAGGGCGGUGGGCGAAACAUAAUUUCUGCCACGUCUCUGAGCGCCUCCCCAACUGAGCUGGGCAGCAGGAACUCGAGUGCAGGAGACGGAGCCCCCUCCUCGGCAUGUACCAGCGAUUCUAAGGACCCCUCUCUCCGCCCGGCUCAGCCUGUCCGCAAAGGGGCUUCACAGUUCAUGGGAAAUGUAUACCACCCACCUACAUACCAUGACAUGCUUCCUGCUUUUAUGUGUUCGCCACAGUCUUCAGAGAACCAGGGUACAGUGGAACGAGGAUCUUUCCCCCUUCCCCAGCUCCGCCUUGAACCCCGUGUUCCUUUUAGACAGUUCCAGAUGAAUGACCAAGAUGGAAAAGAAAACAGACUGGGAAUGGCUCGCCCUAUCCGUCCACUAAGGCAGCUGGUGGAACGGGCACCACGGCCCACCAUCAUCAAUGCGGAAAACCUGAAGGGCCUUGAUGAUCUGGACACUGAUGCUGAUGAUGGCUGGGCAGGCCUCCACGAGGAAGUGGACUAUUCCGAGAAACUGAAGUUCAGUGAUGAUGAAGAGGAGGAAGAAGUUGUGAAGGACGGCAGGCCGAAGUGGAACGGUUGGGACCCUAGAAGGCAGCGGCAAUUGUCAAUGAGCUCUGCGGACAGUGCUGAUGCCAAACGUACCCAAGAGGAAGGAAAGGACUGGGGCGAAACAGUAGGCGUGACCCGUGUCAUCCGGAAGGUGCCAGAACCUCAGCCACCUUCCAGGAAGCUUCACAGCUGGGCGUCAGGCCCUGACUACCAGAAGUCCUCAGUGGGCAGCGUGUUCCGGCAACAGUCUGUCGAGGACAAAGAGGACAAGCCACCCCCACGGCAGAAGUUCAUCCAGUCAGAGAUGUCCGAGGCCGUGGAGCGAGCCCGGAAGCGCCGGGAAGAGGAGGAGCGCCGAGCCCGGGAAGAGCGGUUGGCUGCCUGUGCCGCCAAACUCAAACAGCUGGACCAAAAGUGCAAGCAGGCUCAGAAGGCGAGCGAGGCCCAGAAACAGGUGGAGAAGGAAGUCCCUCGAUCGCCGGGCACCGAGAAGGUGUCCCUACAGGAGAACGGCCCUGCUGUCCGCAAAGGCUCCCCUGAGUUCCCUGCCCAGGAAGCCCCCAGCACAUUUUCAGAAGAAGCCCCCACAGCUCCUCCCGCUGUGACUCAGAGCAGCAGCAGUGAGGAGGGGGCCAGGGAGGUGGGGUCCCCUGCACAGGAGUUCAACAAGUACCAGAAGUCGCUUCCUCCCAGAUUCCAGCGCCAGCAGCAGCAGCAACAACAGGAGCAGCUGUACAAGACGCAGCACUGGCAGCCGGUGUACCCUCCGCCUUCCCACCCACAGCGCGCCUUCUACCCACACCACCCCCAGAUGCUGGGCUUCGAUCCCCGGUGGAUGAUGAUGCCUCCCUACAUGGACCCACGCAUCACGCCCACUCGGACCCCAGUGGAUUUCUACCCCUCAGCCCUGCAUCCCUCGGGACUGAUGAAACCUAUCAUGCCCCAAGAUUCCCUCAGUGGGACUAGCUGUCGCUCUGAGGAUCAGAGCUGUGUGCCUCCACUGCAAGAAAGAAAAGUGACUGCCAUCGAUCCAGCCCCUGUGUGGAGCCCAGAGGGCUACAUGGCACUGCAGAGCAAGGGCUAUUCGCUCCCCCACCCGAAAUCGAAUGACACUUUGGCCAUGGACAUGCAUGUCAGGAGUGAAAGCUCUUACUCUGCCUCCCCUGGAAGGUCAGGGGGCGUAAGUGCCCAGCGCGAUCUCCUUGAGGAGAGAGGGGAGGAGUACUUGAGUGCUUUUGACAAGAAGGCCCAAGCAGACUUUGACAGCUGUGUCUCUUCUCAAAGAAUAGGCCAGGAGCUUUUGUUUGCACCCCAAGAAAACGUUCAGGAAACAGGUGCUCCUGGGGGUCACACCCCGAGCCUCAGGGGUUCCCCACUGGAGCCCGACUUUGCCCCAGCAGACAAAAAGCCAGAGUAUAGCAGUUGGGACAUUAGCCAGCAGCCUAAGACCACUGACACAGCCAGCGGUGUCGAGAAGGAGGCGCCCCCAGAGGAGCCGUCCUGUAACGUCUCCUCCUGGGAGAAGGAAGGGAGCCCCAACAAACAGCCGACCCUGGAGCCUGCAUGGACUCCCGACCCCCGGGGCUCUGGAGGCCAGCACCAGGAACAGACCAGCAGGACCCGGAGGUCGGGGCCCAUCAAGAAACCUGUCCUGAAAGCCCUCAAGGUCGAAGACAAGGAGAAGGAACUAGAGAAGAUCAAGCAGGAACUGGGGGAGGAGAGUGCCCGCCUGGCCAAGGAGAAGGGGCCGAUUCUCAAGGCAGAAAAGGACGAGGAUGAAGAGAACGAUCCCGCGCUGGCCAACUCCUCCCCGUCUGCCUUGGAAGACCAGGGCUCUCCCAGCGCUAGUUUGGGCCGCGAGGCCAGCAAGUCUGAGGAGGAUGAGAAGAUGGACAGGGCCUGGGAGACCAGAGCCUCCCGGGAGUCCGGCGAUACACCCCCAACAAAGAGGAAUAACUGGAUCUUCAUUGAUGAGGAGCAAGCCUUUGGGGGCAGAGGGCAGGCCCGGGGCCGCGGCCGCGGCUUCAGAGAGUUCACUUUCCGUGGUAGGCCCGUGGGCGGCGGCGGCAUCUGUGGUGGUGGGGUCCUUGGGGCGCGGGGCAUCUACAGCAACAGCCAGAGAAGUGGCCGCGGCCGGGGCCUGCGCGAGUUCGGUCAGCCCGAGGACUUCCCCAGAGCCAAGCCCCGGCGAAGAAUUGCCAGCGAGACCCACAGCGAGGGCUCCGAGUAUGAAGAACUUCCCAAGCGGCGUCGGCAGAGAGGCUCGGACAACGGGCACGAAGGCUCGCUCCUGGAGAGGGAGGAGAGCGCCUUGAAGAAAGGAGACUUCAAAGAUUCCUGGCGGUCCAACAAGGUGUACUCUGAGGAGCAUGGCGGUCUGGAUGCUAAGAACCGAGGCCCUCGGGCCUUUGGGCGAGCCCUCCCUCCCCGCCUCAGCCAUUGUGGGUACGGGCGGAGAGCCUUCGUGUCCAGAGAGUCAGCCCCCUGGCACAGCAAGAGUCCGGGCGCCUCCUGGCAGGAGUACAGCUCUCCUGACGCCUGUCCGUCCCGGCGACCCACGGACAGAGACUGCAUCCCAGAUGCCUACAGACAUUCCGACUCCUUUGGCACCAGGGGCUUUGAGGACAGUCGCUUGGAGGAUAAGAGGUCCUUCUUCCAAGAUGAACACGGGGCAGAUUCUGAAAAUGCAGAGAACCGGCCCUUCAGGAGAAGGCGCCCCCCGCGCCAGGACAAACCCCCUCGCUUCAGGCGCCUCAGGCAGGAGCGUGAAUCCUUGGGUCUCUGGGGACCUGAGGAGGAGCCCCACCUGCUGGCAGGUCAGUGGCUGGGCAGGUCCAAACUCUGUCCUGGGGACAAGAGCAGCACUGUGGGCCACAGGUCCCCCGAGCUCUCGUACCAGAACUCCUCUGAUCACGCCAACGAAGAGUGGGAGACAGCCUCCGAGAGCAGCGACUUCAGCGAGAGACGGGAGCGGCGAGAAGGCCACGGGGCCGAGCCCGACUCCCAGGUGGAUGGCAGCCUGCCUGGGGCCAGUUUGGGUGAGAAGAAGGAGUUGGCCAAGAGGAGCUUCUCCAGCCAGAGACCCCUGGUGGACAGACAGAGCCGAAAGCUGGAGCCGGGAGGGUUUGGGGAGAAGUCUGUUAGGCCAGGUGGUGGUGAAGCUUCUCCCCGUUAUGAGAGCCAACAGAAUGGGACGCCUUUGAAAUCCAGAAGGUCCCCAGAUGAGGCCUUGCCUGGAGGUCUUGGUUGCAGCAGUGGGAGCGGCCACUACACCCUAGAGCGAGCAGCCCAUGCCGCCUCUGACAUCCCCGAAGCCUCCUGUGAGAAAGCAGAGAAGGAGGCCAAGCUGGCUGCUCAGAGGGCAGGCGAGCAGGGAGAGACCAUCAAGCAGUUUGACCUGAACUAUGGAAAUGCCAUCAUUGAAAAUUGCGGGUCCAGCCCCGGGGAGGAGAGUGAGGUGGGCUCUAUGGUGGGUGAAGGCUUCAUUGAAGUCCUGACCAAGAAGCAGCGCCGCCUGCUGGAGGAAGAGAGGAGAAAGAAGGAGCAGGCCGUGCAGGUGCCUGUCAAAGGUCGAAGUCUUUCCUCCCGGAUUCCUCCUCGGUUUGCUAAAAAGCAAAACAACUUAUGCCUGGAGCAAGGCGACGUGACUGUGCCUGGCAGCAGCCUGGGCACUGAGAUCUGGGAGAACAGCAGCCAGGCCCUCCCUGUUCAGGCCUCGACCAGUGACUCCUGGACUAAAGCUGCCACUGCCUUCAACAGUACCGAGUCUGGCUCUGCCGAGCAGGGUUUUAAGAGCAGCCAGGGAGAUAGUGGCGUUGACUUGAGCGCCGAGUCUCGAGAGUCAUCUGCGACCUCCUCGCAGCGCAGCUCCCCGUAUGGCACUCUGAAACCCGAGGAGAUGAGCGGGCCCAGUCUGGAACCCAAGACCGACAGCCACAAGGAGCAGGCUCAGAAGCCAUCUGAGCACAAGGAUUCAGAACAAGGCUCAGGACAGAGCAAGGAACACAGACCAGGACCCAUCGGCAAUGAGCGUUCUCUGAAAAACAGAAAGGGCUCGGAGGGGGCCGAGCGGCUGCAAGGGGCCGUCGUCCCGCCUGUUAAUGGGGUAGAGAUUCACGUGGACUCUGUGCUCCCGGUGCCGCCCAUCGAGUUUGGAGUCAAUCCAAAAGACUCCGAUUUCAGCCUGCCGCCUGGUUCUGCAUCUGGGCCUGCAGGGAAUCCAGUUGUCAAACUGCAGGAGGCCUUGGCCAGUAACGCUGGGUUAACACAGAGUAUUCCCAUCCUCCGGCGCGAUCAUCACAUCCAGAGGGCCAUCGGCCUCUCCCAAAUGUCCUUCCCCACUGCUGACCUCACUCUGAAGAUGGAGUCUGCACGCAAGGCUUGGGAAAACUCGCCCAGUUUGCCAGAGCAGAGCUCUCCAGGCGGCGCUGGCUCAGGCCUCCAGCCCCCGUCCUCUGUGGGAGCCUCCAGCGGGGUCAACUACAGCUCCUUCGGUGGGGUUUCCAUGCCACCCAUGCCUGUGGCCUCUGUAGCACCUUCUGCUUCUCUUCCAGGCAACCACCUGCCACCUCUGUACCUAGAUGGCCAUGUGUUUGCAAGUCAGCCCCGGCUGGUUCCUCAAACGAUACCUCAGCAGCAGAGUUACCAACAGGCUGCCGCUGCCCCGCAGAUCCCCAUCUCCCUUCACACGUCUCUUCAGGCUCAAGCGCAGCUCGGACUGAGGGGCGGGCUCCCCGUCUCCCAGUCUCAGGAGAUCUUCAGCUCCUUACAGCCCUUCAGAUCUCAGGUGUACAUGCACCCUAGCCUGUCGCCGCCCAGCACCAUGAUCCUCUCUGGAGGUACAGCCUUGAAGCCUCCGUACUCGGCAUUCCCAGGCAUGCAGCCCUUGGAGAUGGUGAAGCCCCAGUCUGGCUCACCCUACCAGCCCAUGAGCGGAAACCAAGCCCUGGUCUACGAGGGCCAGCUCGGCCAGGCUGCCGGUCUGGGUGCCUCACAGAUGUUGGACUCCCAGCUCCCACAGCAGCUGACGAUGCCGCUGCCAGGCUCCCAGUUGCCCCUGCCUCGGUAUGGCUCUGGGCAGCAGCCCCUGAUUCUGCCACAGUCUAUCCAGCUGCCGCAGGGGCAGAGCCUCUCUGUCGGGGCCCCCCGAAGAAUUCUUCCACCUGGGUCCCAGCCUUCGGUCCUUAACACCAGCAGAGAGUCCUCUCAGAUGGAGGUGAAGGGCUUCCACUUUGCCGACAGUAAACAGAAUGUUCCUCCAGGAGGCUCCGUGCCGUCACCGCAGGCCUACAGGCCUAGCUCUGCUAGCCCCAGUGGGAAGCCCUCUGGAUCAGCAGUUAACAUGGGCUCUGUGCAGGGACACUACGCUCACCAGGCAAAGCAACGAGUGGAUGAAAAACCCAGCCUGGGAGCCGUGAAACUGCAGGAGGCUCCUGCGGCCACCUCCCAGAUGAAGCGGACCGGAGCGAUCAAGCCUCGGGCGGUGAAAGUGGAGGAGAGCAAGGCCUGAAGGUGCUCGGCUACACCUCGCCCGGCGUGAGGACAGUGCCGCCGCUCGGCCUCUGUGCAGCCAGAUGCCCAGGAGUGUCCCCAGGCCCCCGUCCAACCACCCGGCCAGACUCAGAUCUCCCUUCUCUUCUCCACUCCUGAAAGCUCCAUUGUCCAACCAGCUUGCACCGUGGAUUUACGGCAUUGACCUGCUUGCUUUAGUACGAAACAAACAAACAGAUGAGCAAACGACUCCAUUCCCACCUCCUUUCCACCUGCCCUGGAGUGACUGGAGCCUCGUGCAGUGCAGCUUCCCCACCCACCUGCCUCUCCUGGCCCGCUCCGCUCCGCUCCGCCGGGCACCUUCUCAGCAGUGCUUCCUGCCCUCCCGGCCCUCUGGGCCCCAGGCACAGUGAUUUGGCAGCAGGGUCAUUUUAAUUUGAGGCUUUUUAUUUUAAAAAGCAGCUAAGGUUUUGUCAAAGGAGAAAGGAAAGGAAAACAAAAACACAAGCUACGUCUGUACAGCUAAACUUUUCUACUUUGUUCUCCAUCCUCUCCCUGACCCCCACUUCUGUUUCCGGUAAUUUCCUUUCAUCUCUCUCCUGUUUAGUUUCAUACAUCACUGCGAUACCUUAAGAGCUGACUCAAGAAUGCGUCUCCUCCUGCUCUCAGUUGGUUAACCUUUGAGAGUUCUUGCAAAAACAAGUGGAGGGUGCUAACACCCCCCUCGUGAGCACUCCGAUGGCCAGCUAUCUGCUGUGGGAGGCGAAGGAGCAGGCGCCUCAGUUGGGUUCCAGGCCCUGGCCUGAUGAGCACAGGGAGCUUAUGGGCAGCCCAGUGAAGAUGAUGACAUUUUUUAGCAUAAGAAUUACACAGAAUUUCUGUCCUGGACUCUUCUAAAGCCAGUGGAUACGCUGACUACUGGGCACCCAAGAUGAAUCAUGGAGAUUUAAAGUCACUGGUGUUUUCUAGUUUGGCCUGGACGGGGCCAGCUGACCGCACCAUAACCCCAUCUGUGUCCGUGCUUUGGGGCUCCAGCCCCUGUAGGGGCUGCUGUUUUACACAUACUCCCAUUCCUGGAAGCCUUCCAAAAUACACCUUUCUCCUCCUUCCUGUGCCUGCCUCUUAAUCCUCUGGAUCCUCCUGUCCCUCCGACUCUCACGCAGCUGGUCACUAGAAACCACGAGGUUUUUCCACGUGGUGACUGGAGUGCACAGACUGUUGUUUGGUGGGUCUUCAGCAGAGGCGUGUUGUCCGUGGGGCUGCUAGGAGGGCUUUCUUUUUCUCCUUCACUCCCAGCAGAGGCCCAGCUGUUGGGACAGAGGGCCCUGAGCUGCACAGUGGUUAUCAGUCUUUCCAGAUGCUUGGGGCAGGGUCCAAGGGGAGGAUGGAUUGCAGGGUUGACCGUGGUUCCCAAAAGCCUGGGCAGCCUCCGAAAAAUGACAGCCUCUCUAGUCUGCACAGCCGCCUCUAGCAAAGCGUUUGUGUGAGCCAUUUUAUGCUGGUUUUUCUGUUGUUUUUCAAAUAAGAACUAGAAGGAAAUCAUCCCAGAUUCUGUCAUUCCACGGAAAGGGGAGGGGAAAUUUCAAGUUUUGCACAUGCUCUUCAGAGUAACUAACCGGCCAUCUACUUAAAGGAGCUGCUGUCUGCCACCGCUGGUGGUCCCAGGGAAGGCCUGGCUCAGAGGACGAGCAGUAGCAGGCAGGGAUGUGCCCUGCAGAGUCCACCCUCGGUGUCACCGUGGGUGUGUGACAGUCGCUCAGGCUGUGGUUCUAAGCUCUGUGUAGUGUGGAACAUGGGGAAAGAGGCGCCUUGGGAACCGCUGGGGUAACUCCUUGUUGCUCUGACUGCUUUGAGGAAGUUGGGAAACAGCCUCCUAGCAGGGUGCCAGGUGUUGUCUGGAGAGGGCCGUGUUCUUGAAAGAUGCUUUCCUGCUCAGUCUGUAGCUCUCAGCAUCCCCCUCUGGCCUCCACCCGCAGACCCCAUUUCUUACCAGCUUGACGUUUUUUUCUUUUUCAUCCCCUGAAUCUUUACUCUGAAGGCUCUUCUCAAGGAGCUGCCCGCUCGCCUGCCAUGUGCUCACCUGCUCUUCCCCUCUUACCCGGCAGCGUCUGACUGCAGCUCCACUCCCCCCGCCUGCCUCCAUUGCCCUGCUGCCCCCGCUGGGCCACACACGGCCCGCUGCCUGCACGCUUAGGACCACGGCCAGACCCCUCACCUAGGUCCAGUGCACGUUGUCUGUCAAAAGGAAAAAAGAUUUUCUCACUUGGAAAUUGAACAGAACAGUCCUGGAUGCUGUUACAAACUCAAGAUGUACCCUUCAGGUGAACCUGCCGUCAGAGUGACAGUACUUCCUGUUUGAGAAAAAUAAACACAAAAGGGUCACCUGUUCUCCAGCCCCUUUCUCUAUCUCUGUAUCCCCCCUCCCCAAUAAAAACAGAAAACACUAGAAUUUAUUUAUAUGUAUUGAUGUUGUAGGUCUAGGUGAAAACAAGUAAAUGUUUCACUGCUCUAUUUAUAUAUAAUGUCUGAAUUUUUCUGUGCAGGAAAGGCCAGGAAAUUGCAUGUGAAGUUCAGUGCGUUCACCACCUCCAUGUGCCCGUGCUGCGGUCUCUUUCCCGCUAAGAUACAGAUGUUAAAUUGGACUGUGGGGGCAGAGGGCAGGUCUCGGGCCUGGCCAGCACCCAAUCCCUUCCUUGGUCUGAUUAAAUACAGUUUUUAGUGCAGAGAUGUUUUAAGGUGCAAUAUCUCUCUUCCUUUCAUGUGGUUUUAGAGCCAAGCUCAAGGUAAUAGGACUAAGGGUUUUGUUUUGGUUUCAAACCCCAUCAGAGUGCAAAUCCAUGCAGAGACCUCUGCCAGGGUCCGUGGGGCCUUUGGCACAAACAGGUGAAGACCAGCACUUAACCUUUCUGCUGCUGAGAUGGGGGCGAGGGGUGUCAGAGCCCCCUCUCACUGCACCUUUGCUUGCUAAAAUCACCCUCCCUUCUAAAGUUGGCAGCUUUGCCCUGGCCAUUGAUGGUGCAGCCCAUUGCUUGGCAACCAGUGACCCUGCAAUAGUGUCCCUCCAGUGUCAACUACUUGGGGGUGAAAUCCCAGAGUGUGGGCUUGUGUAUCCGAGAGGCAUCGUCCACCCACUGAAGACUUCUCUGCCAGCUGUAUUUGGUCUGGUUUUCUUUACUGUUGCUUCCCCUUUUUUAUCCACAUUAUUAUUGUUUUCAAACUUGGAAUUCCGACACUUCUGGCUCUAGCUUCCUUAAGGGAGAAAACAAAGGAUGACUCUUAAACGUACAGAAAAAUUGGUUCGUCUGGUUCCAAAGCUGUGGUCAUUCCAGCCACUUCUAGAGAUACUGGGGUGUCUUGUCAUUAAAUACUGGCAUCAGUUCUCUCCAGCCAUGCCCUUGCCCUCCUGUCUUCUGGAUCUGCCUUCUGGAUGGUUGAUGAGGUUUGUGACUGAUGCUCAGAGCCUUAGGCUGAGGGUGUGCCCAUGGCCAUGUUCAGAACUGGCCCACUGAGACAGGCAGUGUGUGGCAGACUGGUAGAGCCCCUCCCUGCUGUCUGGUUCCCCUCUGCUGAGUAGCUGCAUGUUCUCUCUCCAAUCUAUAUUUGUCCCUUUUCACUUCUUGCAGAGCCAGCCUGGGUUAGAAGGUCUGUUGGAAACGGCCUUCAACAACCAAGGACACUAGUGUUUGUGCUUUGUUGUGUUCUGUGAUGAAUGGGAAAUGCGGACCUCCAGAAAGCCAGCUCUUCCUGUUUGAAAAUGUGAGAUGGUUCUAAGACAAACAGACCCCCGGGACAGGAGCAGCUCAGUGUUGGGGUCAGACUCUGUCCCCCGCCGUGCUCUCCCUGGAACCACCAGCGCAUACCCGGCUAGUGAUCUUCCAGGCGCAUCUGACCUGCUGCUCACCAGUUCUCCACCCCGAUUGGGUGGCCUCCAAGAUGGUAGCACGUCCCCAGGGCCCUGUCUUCAGCAUGUUACGAAGCCUUGGAGUGGGAAUUUCUAUUAAGGCUCUGUGGAUGACUUUCUUACAUUGUUUAAAGGGGUUACUGUACUCUAAGCUUUGGACCUCAUGCCUUGCAUAGUGAAAGGGGUUUGGGGUUUUCUUGAGAGGAUUGUGUUUUGUUGUUUCCUUUUGUUUUUAUUUUGGCCUUUCCUCUCUUCGUCUCUUCACGUAGACCAGAUAUUUGAAAGGGCAGACGAUGGCUAAAGGUGUAACGUGCAGCUUGUUCAUACGUUAUUUUGGGGAUGCUUUUACCUUGGAUGGGAAAUGGAAUCAUGGAUUCACCGGGCCGUGGCGGCACACUCACCCUUCGCCCUUUCCCUCCGGUUCAGUACCUAUUGUUUCUCCUUUCAAAUAUGUGAUUGUACUAGCUCUUUCCAUAUGAAAGAAUUCUCCUUAUUUAAAUAAAAAAAAAAAGUAAAAAAAAAAAAA